AUGUGGAAUCAAAAUAAUAAAAAAAGCAAGCCUGAUCAAGAAUCUCCAAAAGAACAAUUAGCAUCAUCAGGUCCAUUGUUGUCAUCGAAUAUUGAAAACAAAGGAGUGAAAAUAGUUCAAAACAACUUAGGUGAUUUUAAAAAAAUGAUGAAAAAAGUAGCACCGGAUACAAAUAGGAAACCUAAUCUAUCACCACCAACUGAACCUUUAGUAAGUGCAAAUGAAUCUAUUUUACAAUGGCAAGUUUUCUUUUCAGAUCCUGCACGUAUUGUUUUAACAGAUGCAGAAUUUACAAGAGGUUAUUCACCAGAUUUUCGUGGUAAUACAGAAAAUCGUGUUCUAAUUCCACAAGAGUCUAUUGACUUACUUCAAAAUAUGGGUAGUAUAUGGGUUUCUGUUCGAACAAGUCUCGUACAAAAAGUUACUGAUAUUCAUAAGAGUGAAAAGCGGAAAAGUCAAAAACAAGAACAAAACAAACAACCACAACAAGAUCCUAUUUCUUUAUCUGAAGAUAAUCAUGAUCUUGUUUCUGUUGCAACAAAUAAUCAAACAUAG